ACCGGUCACCUGACACGGCGGUCGGAGGAUCAGGAAAUGAAUUGACAAACAGCUGCGACCUAAAAAUCGGUCAUGUGCAGUUUAAAUAGGCGAAUAUCGGGUCUAAUGAGGACAUGGGUGGUUUGUUUAUCGUUUUACUUCAGCCACGGCCUUGCUGGGAAAAUGAAGAUAGUUGAGGAGCCAAACACGUUCGGGCUCAACAACCCCUUCAUGGCUCAGGGAACCAGGCUUCAGCCCAAAGUCCCUCCAUCUCCAGUCUCUGGCCCGGUGCAUCUUCAUCAUCUCGCGGGAAAGUGCUUCAGUCUCAUGGAGUCUAUGUAUAAAUAUGAAUUCUGUCCAUUCCACAACGUUACUCAGCACGAGCAGUCAUUUAGGUGGAACGCCUACAGUGGCAUAUUGGGGAUCUGGCAGGAGUGGGAAAUGGCCAACAACACUUUUACGGGCAUGUGGAUGAGAGACGGCGACACUUGUGGAACCAGAAACAGAGAAACAAAGGUGAUCCUGGUCUGCAGCAACAGCAGCAGACUCGUCAGCGUCUCAGAGCCCAGCACCUGCGUUUACUCGCUGAGCUUCGAGACGCCGCUCGUCUGCCAUCCACAUUCGCUGUUGGUGUACCCCACCCUGGAUGAGAAGCUGCAGAGAGAAUGGGACGAGGUGGAGCAGGCUCGCUAUGAGGGCCUCAUCACUGAGCAGGGCUACAACAAUCUCCUGAGAGACAUCUUUGAGGAUGCUGGGCUCCUGAAGAGCAGCAAAGUGACGGAGACGGUGCAGGAGGCCGAAGUGGAUUCAGAAAAGCACAACUCUCUACAGAAAUGCCAACAAGAUUAUCAGAAACAGAGCGAGGAGAUAGCGAGGCUGCGAGCGCUCCUCACCCAGAAUAAUAUUCCCUUUGAGUCACAGCCAAAUGUAGAAAGAGGGGCAGUGACCGGGCCGACCAAAGAUCAACACUUGAGAGGAGACACCGGCCUCAUGGAUGUGCUGUGAAGAUCGUCUAGAUAAACUGUUCAUUUUGAAAGGAUCGCAGGACUUUUAGGUCCGUUUGAGACCGAAAUGUUUAUAGGAAUAAAGUACAAACUCAUCAUGUCAGGAAAGGAAAACAAUUUAUGUCAAGUUUAAUAUGAAUGUACUUCAGUUUUAUUCAUAUAGCGCCAACUAACA